AUGUGCGAUUCUGAAUCAGCCCCUCUCCGCCCAGGGUAACUCCUUAUAAUAGUUGUAUAAAGCGUUAUCAUGCGUGCACUGCUCCUUUUGUCGUGCUAUUAUUUCCCUGAAGCUGCUGUCGAGACAUGCAUUUAUUCAUUUGCAGGCGAACAAUUGUUCGCCUAAUUAUUGCUCAAUGAUUAUGAUACCGGGGAGCUCGGGUGUCUGUUUAAGGUCACAAUUUUGGCAAACGUGGUGUCUGUUUAAGUUUAGGAUUCCGGUUAGUACUAAUUUUUUGUCCCAUGGUCCUAAAGCGGGAUCAAACUCCAGGAGUUCCACACUUCGGGGUUGGGUAUGACCGGCUGAAUACGGCUAAUAAGCCAGAAAUUUCCGUUCUAGCCCCUAUUUCUUUGUUUGUAAUUUUAUCCGCCAUAUAUAUCCCUGGUAGCAUUUUGGCUAGCCGCCUUGUUUUGCGGGCUAGUUAGGGCUUGUAAUCUAAUUGGCUGACGGUGCCUAACCCUCGCGAGGAAAUGAUCCUUACUGUCGCACCCAUGCAGUUUGCGCGUUAGGCCUGACGCCCACCUGCGGGACGCUUCAAUGUCUCACUUACGUUAUCACCUUCCAGCUGGAGUGAGCAUGCAUAGUCAAUUCCGAAUGGGGACCCGACACCUGACGUGAGCGACUUGACAAGACACUCGACGUCGGCCACACACAGCGUACUCAAUGCAUGCCUGUACACUCAAACUCCAUGGGGUGGAAUGUGGGACAAAACUGGUGCAUAUGUGCGCGGGGGAGGCUUGCCGUAGAUCUGGCGCCACGCGCUCAAUUGAUGCUUAUGUGCGCUCGUUUGUGAGAUGCCCUCGAGGCUGGGGCGUUGGCUGAGCGCUGCAUGAAUUUCUCAACCCUCCUCCAGCUCGCCCGAGAGGCGGCGUAAAUUUCCUACGGCCAGUCACACGAAAGAAUUGCCGCGCGGACAGUGUCGGCUAAGACUGUUGAGAAGAUUCAGCCAUGCGGGAGACAAGUCCGCAACUGGGCGACCAGGGUGGCCCUGGGCGUCUGGAAUGCUAUCAGGGUAUAUAUAUGUAUAUAUGGUUUUGAAAACAGGCAUCCCAAGAAUUAUAAUUCGAAAGAAAUAAGCUCUUUGGGAAAGGUAAACAAGUUUUAUUGUAAAUUUUCGAUCUUGGUUCCCGAAGUCGUCUUCAGACGUGAAGUAAGUGUGCAAAACAGUUAACAUUUAAACACUCCGAAAAAAAUCGAUUUUGCUAUGUCACUCCUGCUGGUGUAAUGUUCUGAUUGGCUAACGCCUUUUCCACUUUUCCUUGAGGCUGUUGUACACCGUAUCCAAUUCUACGUGUCGAUUGAUGCAUACAUAUAGGUAUGGGCAGAAUGUUAUUGCCGACAAAGACAAGGGAGACUGGAAUGGCCAUUUCUGGGUUAUUAACCGUCGUCGGUCAGUCAUACCCAACCCCGAAGUAUGGGACACCUGGGGCUCGAGAGAGAGCCCUUAAGGCACAACGGAACGAGUGAGUUCCGUAAGAACGAUCGGUGAGCGCUCCACUACUGUUGUAUAUUCGUCGAUAAGAGCAUUCUGCACACACAUAUACGAAUGGAAAACGGGCAUCCGAAGAAAUUUAAUUUUGGAGAUGAAAUUGGGAAACUAUAACUUUCAUUGUUUAAAUUUUCGAGGUUGAUCCCCCAGCUCGUUAUCAUACUGCGGAUGUACAAAAACAAUUAACUUCUUAAAUGUCUAACAGAAGAUUUUACGAUUGGUCAGCGUCCGUGCCAAUACGUGUUUAUUGUAUUUUGCCACCUCUUUAGGAUUGUUUGCGCCAGUUUGAAUCUGUCCUUAACAAUAUUGUAUUUGGCAUCUAGAUAGAUAUACCGAUUGAUGCAUGCCCCAUGUGUAUGCAUUGCUAUUAGAAAUUCACGACCUUUCCUUAUUGGGCAGGCGCCGAUAAUGUGAGUGUUCUCCCACGCGAGCUUGUGCCCAGUGUUCACUAUGUGCAUGGCCACCUGGGAUAGAUGGUCGCGUUUCUUCACCGCCAACUGAUUUUCGUGUGUACGGGUAAAGACAGAUUUCCCAGUUUGGCCACAAUAGACGGCAUCACAACCAGCGCAUUGGAUUUUGUAGGCAGUACCUUUUUAUCGAGGUAGCCAGUUUUGUCCUUAGGGCGUGCACGCUGUGCAUAAGAUAGUUGCUGAUGUUCUUUAUCUGCAUUUCGACUAGUCCAGAUACAUUUUUCAGGUAUGUGAGAGUUCGCCAGGUGAUUAUUUUUGGCGCGUGAACGGCAGUUAUAUUGGAAAUACCUUUCCCCUUGAAUUGCUGGUGCCUCAUGCAUUGGCGUACAAAGUCAUGCUCGUACACAUUUUGGGAAAAGUUUGUAGGGGUAUCCGUAUAGUAUCAGUAUCAGUGUCAGUAUAUUUCAGGGAAAGUAGGUGUGUACCUUUGAAAUCCAUUCCAUUUCUGCUCGAUAACUUGCUUCAUCAGGUCAGUGUGUUUUGGUUCGAUUUAAAAGACUAACCUCAAUAGUUACAGCUGACAAUUACCUAAUAUUUUAAUUUUAGGGUGAUUGCUUAAGCUAUGGUUGGCUUUACGAUAAGGAUUUCAGCUACGGAUAUAUUUGGGAUAAUGGUACGGUUUGUUGUUGGCGUUUGGGCGAGGCUCUGGGUGCGGGUCUUUUUGUCGACAGGUUGACAGAUACUUUCAAUGACUUAUAAAAGUUCAGCAUAGGUUUUAGCUACGACAUAACGCCUACGAUGUCUGUUCGACAAAAACCUAAUUUCGGAAUGUUUGAAACUCGCCUUGUUUAAUUCCCGGGAAAUCUUUCGGAACAGACAUUUUAAGGCACGGUCUGAAAUUUGAUAUGAAUAUUUGAGCUGAAAUCCAUCAGCUACUGCGGAAUAGCCGCGCUAUAUUCACAAACCGCCAACAGGCAGCCAGUAGUAUAGCAUUGUGCAAUAAUUUACCGUACUAACAACACAGGUAUUAGCUAAAAGCCCAGACACGCGUGUUUCGCCGAUCUUGUGCUGCUGCCUGACGCAGCUGCGAGGGGUUCGGCUCGUCAGUGGGUCCCCCAGCUUUCCCCGUGUGUUUUCUGGUAUAUGAACGCCAGUUUCAUCUUGCCUUGCUUAAUUUCCGAGGAAAUUAAUGCGCGAACUUGGAGUAACUCUUUCGAAACAGGCCUUUUCAGCCACGGUCCGAAAUUUGAUAUGAACAUUUGAGCUGAAAUCCAUCAGCUACUGCGGAUUAACUGCUUAAUAUUCACAAACCGCCAACAGUGGCCAGUUGUAUGGAAUUGUGUAAUUAUUAACCGUACUAACAAUACAGGUAUUAGCCAAAAGCCCAAACACGCGUGUUUCGCCGAUCCCCUGUCGCUGCCGGACGCAACUGCGAGGGGUUCGGCUUGUCAGUGAGUCCCCCCGCUCUCCCCGUGCGUUUUCUGGUAUAUGAACUCCAUUUUCAACUUGCCUUGUUCAAUUUCCAAGGAAAUUAAUGCGCGAACUUGGAUUAAAUCUCUCGGAACAGACCGCUGACGAGCCGAACCCCUCGCAACUGCGUCAGGCAACGGCAGAAGAUCGGCGAAACACGCGUGUUUGGGCUUUUGGCUAAUACCUAUGUUGUUAAUAUGGUAAAUAAUUACACAAUGUUUGAAACUGUCCAUACUAGGGAUGAUUUCCAUUGGUCAUACAUACAACUCAAGACUGUUUUAAUUUUUACAAUUAGCUGAUAUAAUGACCCCGUUCACUCGAUUCUCUACAUUUUGCAUAUCGUUUUAGCUACGCUUUUCCAAGUGAUAUCUCGAGUGUUGUCGAUCGCGUUUAUCCGGUAUUUUGGUUCAGAAUAUCUUUUAGUCAGACCUUUGAGAGCGCUUCGAAAAAUCAGGUCUAUGGCGUCGUCACACACAAGGUAGGCGGCAGGAUACGGCUAAACGAAAUUAAAGAUUGGGACUUGCUAAGUGGUGGAACGGUGUUUGUACCGAUGCAUUGUGACCACAUUAUCCACCAACACCAACAUUCAUUACCGUAUGAAUUGAACGUCGCGACGACGUCAAUAAAACGGAUUGCCGUUGGUUGCUGGUAUCCGUGGUGAGAUUAGGGAAUGGAGCGCAGUGUUGACAUUUGGUCUGGAUGCCUACGUCAAAUCAAGAUCCCGCAUAGUGAGGGCCCGUCUUUGAUCCAUUCACACAUUAAAGCUGCCUGAGAAUAGCGAAGUAUCAAUUGUUGCUACAGCACUGGUAAACAUGUUGCGAAGUUCCCUCACCUGGUUUUUUCCUCCUUGAAGAUAAAUUCAAGAAUGGCUGAGCCUCAGUCACCUGAUGUACUCUAACCUUUCCAUGCCUGUUUUGGCAUCUCACGGUGCCGAGGCGCCAGAUUUUCGGUUCAAGACCAACUUCAUCAGGGAGUCAUUCUCUCCAGGUGCCUUGCUGCCUCUUAACUUAGGCAUUGAAUCAAUGAUUUAUACCCGCAGUUGGGGGUCACGCGGAAAUGCAUGCGCUGGUGAGACAUAAAGAUCCUCUCUUCCCGUGCAAAAAAGCCUCCUGGGAUCUCUAGCCUAAGAGCCUUGUAUUAUGUGCACUCUUUUUGUUUGAUCAUGCUCCGUGUACCUUUGACGAGCGUGGUCUCACUAAUUCGUCCGUCGCAUGGAGUUGGUGGAAAAAUUACAUCGCUGACCAAAGUGCAAGCAAUAGAUUUUCUCAAGCAGGCUGCCCAUGUAACGUUAGAACGGGCGUGGCCCUGUUGGAUUUUUAAUGAAGAUCAUGAGACGUUCGACAAACCUGAAGAUUUCGUUCCCAGCCUCUUCCACCAGUCACAACAGCCAUCGCUGCGCACACGCAAGUUUGACGAAGCUAGUGGGAAACCAUCGGCUGUAAUAUCAACUUUUCUCGGUGCGAAACAAUUUCCGAAGGAAUUAGUUACGGCUCUCGCUUCUCUGUUUAAUAGGAAAUGUCGCGGUUCUGUCAGGGACCGGCAGUCACGGACUGGGCGCAAGCUGGGAGGAAGCGUCGAUAAUCGAAACAUCAUGUUUAUUUGCCUGUGUCUUCGAAUUAGAGUCCGAAGUCGCCGCUAAGGAUAGUACGUUAUAAGAGAUAUCAAGUAUGUAAUGGAUACGACUGUUUUGCAGUGCGGAAUUGAUUGUUAUUCUGGCGUAGCAGUUGUGUGCGUCGGUACAGUUACCCGGCCUUCUGUUAAUGCGAAACUGAAUUAGUGUUUCUUAGAAAAAAUUUCACUCGAGGUAAUGUGGUUAUGAUCAGGAUUCUGAUUGAGCGCCGGCGUCGAUGACGUUCUUUGCUCUAUCCACUUAAUGCUCGUGCUUCUCUCGGAGGGUUGAUAGUAAGCCUUCAUCAAAUUUGCAAGCUUUGCAGGCAUAGCCUUAGCCUCCUUGAUAGGCACUUUUUUGACCGAAUAGAAUGCUACAGCAGAAUCAGGAAAGUAGUCGUCUUAUGUUAAGGUAAAUACUUGGUUAACGCAACCUCGGCCAAAGGUAAGACUGAUGCAGCUCUUUCUUGCCCAUGCGUUCCUUGCACACCGAAAAUAGCCCAAAGAAUACUCGUCACAAUGCCAAUUAGGCGGAGAUUUCUGCGAUGUGACAAACAGUCCUGCCCAUCUCCUUGAAGAAACUGAACGGCAAUCUAGUGAAACGGGUCCAAUGAAGCGGCUUCAGUGCACCAAACUUGUUGAAAUAGCUUCUCAGGUCACUCAAAAAUGUCACCGAAAGAGUUAACGAAGACUUCAGCUGACAGUCAGUUUUCACGUUGUGUCCACUGACCACUUUCUGACUGGAGCAUCGCGACGCAGGUAAUCACGCGGCUUAUGUUACUUGCGAGAGUUACGGCCUCGUCAAAUUCAGUAGUGCGAUUAUGUCGUGCUUAUUCAUCCGAGACUGCCAUGAUUAACUCUUCUGCUGAUGCUAAUAUGUGUUCGACUGCUCGCUUUACUGACCCACCUUUCUAGAUGCCACUGAGAUAAGCAUUUACCACCAAUUUAAAGCUUGAGAUUCAUCAGGUCGUGGUGGCCUUUGCACACGCCUUAUACACAUGGAUACCUAUUGUUGUGUUCUCUACAUAUACGAACGAAAAGUCUUCUUUUGCUCUCCUAUCUUCACCAGAAUUGGGACCUAUUAUUAACGCGUUUCAUACGUUUAAAGCUAUAAUUUUCCUUACUCCUAUUCCACGCCGUUUUACCCACCUCAAUCAUUGGUUCCAGAUAGUUAUUUUUAGUCUUAUUACUGGUGCAGAUCUUUGAAGAAAAUUUGGACUGUGCUGGUCAGAAAUUGUGGCGUCCGAUCACUCACCUACCUAGUAAAUUUAAAUGUCGCCUGGCUGUAUAGUAGCUGUCUCUCUACGCUUGUGCUCAUUAUAGGACCUAAGCAUGUUUCAGGAAAAUAGUCUUAUGAAGUCAUAUGCACUGUUUGGUUUCCUUCUCCCAAGAUAUGCGUGAUAACAUUAUUAUAUAUUCACUGGGAAGGCUGUUUAAACUAGAAAAAGAGUAAGCCUCUGGACCUGACAUCUGUUUGCACGCAUGACUCUGUUCCCGUGGGCACGAUUUGAGUCCACGUAUCCUUUCAUCUUUUCUAUCGAGUUAAACGCGCGUAGCUCGGCCAGUAUCCUCAACUUUUGAAAUCGACUUCAUCACUGACUAUCAAUUUUCGCCGAAGUGCAUAGUUAUCUAAUCAUGCAGAUAAUUAUAGCUCUGCUCUCGUAACGUUAUCUGAUAGUCGCAAGAAGUCUUUGAAGGCUGGCAUAUUGCCGCAAUCUGGGCUUAGGAGUCUCAUCUUCCCAUCUCUCCUUGGGGUGCAGCUAAUUAUAUUCGUUGUUUUUACGUUUUCAGGGAACAGAAUGCCAAUACAUCAAAAUCUGUAGCCGCUUAUGUGAAUUUCGACGAAUGGGAGCGCGGUGUGGCGAAGCUUGAUCAAGCCAGCCUGGAUAAGUUAAAACAACUCUCCUCAAGUUGGUGUGCGGUCGAAUCUAAGACUGAAGAGGGGCAGACAACACCAUAA